AUGACAGACGCCUCAGAACCCAUGAUAGGUUCCAACCCCAGAAACGGGUUCAUAAAGGCACCAAAUUUGGCGGUUAACGGCGGUAUGGCUGUUGGUGGUACGGAACCUUCUAUUAGAAGGAAAAAAAGACCGUGGUGGAGGAGGAAAAAUAAAACUAUGCUGGCAACACUUGUUGUUCUUCUGGUUGCGGUUACUGCAGGGGUUUGGACGAUUGUCUUUUUGCAAAUUGGCGGGGGAUGCAGUUCUGGACCUCAAAAACCAAUAUGCCUUACCGAGGACUGUAUCAAAACAGCCUCAACCCUAUUAUCAGCAAUGGAUCACACAGCCGAUCCUUGCGAAGACUUUUUUCGUUACGCCUGCGGCUCCUGGAACAAAAAACACGUCAUACCCGAAGACAGGAGCUCAAUCAGCACUUUUGAAGUUUUAGCUGACCAGCAACAGCUGAUCCUCAAAGGUGUCCUCGAAGAACCGAUCGGUGAAGACGACAACCAGGCCACGAUUAAGGCCAAAACAUUCUACAAAUCCUGCGUUGAUAUACAACAAAUCAGAAAAAUCGGUGACGGUCCACUCAGAAAUGUCAUAACAUCAUUGGGAGGUUGGCCGGUGUUAGACGACAAUUGGCAACUACCAAAUUUCACCCUAGAAACCCUUCUAGGGCGCCUCAGAUCUGAUUACAGCGAACCCAUUCUGAUAGAAUUGUACGUGGGAGCCGAUGACAAGAAUUCUUCUGCACACAUCAUCCAGCUCGACCAGCUUGCAUUGGCACUUCCAUCGAGAGACUACUAUCUUAAAAACAGCAGCGAGGGCGAUUUACAAGCUUAUCAUCGGUACAUGACGCAAGUUGCAAUUUUGAUGGGAGCUAAUCCGUGA